AUGAACAGUGGCCAUCCAUCGGUUAGAAACUCGCCUAUGGAUGAGGGCGAACCGUGUCUCAAAAAAGACGAUCAAUCACUCAGUGUUAUUCCAGAAAGUCUUCCAUCGCGAUGUUCUUAUGCGAGCAGUGUUAAACGACCGGAUUAUGUGGGUCGAUGUAUUCUAUGUCUGUUGAUAGUGGCCGUAUUCAUAUUCGGUGUGGUACUCGCUUUUUUGAUUGGACAUUGGGCUGCCAAGCAUACGAAAGCCUCGAAUGCUACCGGAGAUCUCUUUUCGUUAUCGAAUGCGACACGACUAAUGAACAGAACAGUAAUACUAAUGUCACCAACUCAUACGCAAACACCAACUUUAUCCAUAACCGAUGCACCAACUCAACCAGCAAUGCCUUAUGAUCACUGGUUGGACUUUAUGACGUUUUCGAGCGAAGAACGGAUUGUGGGCAAUAUCUCAGUACUACUCGAAUCAUUCGGCAACUCGACAACGCCCACUGAUGAAAUCGUCUUUCAUUCCAGCCAAAACGUUCAUAUCGAUCGACUCAGAAUACAUCAACAUGGAAGAGCAGUGCUGAUAAAAUCUGUACGCCGGAAUAUUAGAACAAAAACUGUACAUUUACUAUUGAAAGAACGUCUUCAUACUGGAUGGUGUACACUCGAAAUUCAGUUUGUUACAAGAAUAUGUGAGGAUGACGAUGGCGGUUUACAUUGCUAUCGAAGUACACUUACUGAGAAAGAACCACUACGUAAGCCAAAGCAAGGACGACGAUCUCGCAAUCCGAUAAUAAGUUUCACCACAAAAUUUGAACCUACACUCGCACGUUCGUUCAUUCCGUGCUGGGAUGAACCUCACAUCAAGGCCACAUUCAACGUAACCGUGCAACAUCCACGCUCGCUCACCGUCCUAUCGAACGCAGCUCCGUAUCGUAACUCGGAUAAGCAGCAUUUCAAUAAUGUCGUUCUCACUCGUUUCCAUGAAACACCUCCAAUGUCUGUAUAUUUACUAGCCUUUGCAGUCGGACCAUUUGUUCGUCUUGAAAUGAGCACAGAUCGCGGCAUACCGUUGACCAUCUGGACACUUCCUGAAGAUUUUCUCUACGCACGAUUUGCGGCCAAUUUCUCACCGGUCAUGUUCGAUCGUCAUGAGGAGGAGUUCGGGAUAGAAUACCCGUUCUCGAAGCUCGAUUUUGUCGCUGCACGCUCAUUUCCAGUUGGUGGAAUGGAAAAUUGGGGUCUAGUUGUUUUUCAUAACAAUAUGAUUCUACUCGACUCAUUUCUUGAAGAUAACGCGAAUAUGACUGUUGAUCUAUUGGCUGAGCAAUAUGCAAUCGAAAAAAUUAUCACUCAUGAGAUAGCACAUCAGUGGUUUGGUAAUCUAGUAACAAUGAACGAUUGGUCAGAGAUAUGGCUGAAUGAGGGUUUUGCAUCGUUCUAUGUUAGCGAUUUCUUGGAAACUGAACAUCCUUACCUCACCGUCAAUGAAUACUAUUUACAUUUGGCGCAGUUGCUUACGAAACAGACAUCCGAUGAGAAAUUCCCACUGGUGAGAGCAAUGCGAACUGAAGCGGAAAUCGAGAACGCAUUCGACCGUUUUCAUUUGUAUACGAAAGGAAGUGUCAUCAUCAAAAUGAUCCGCGACCUCGUCUCUGAAAACGACUUCCACGAUGGCGUUCGCAAGUACUUGAAAAAGAACGCGUUCAAAGCUGUUGGUCGUGAUGCUCUAUGGAAUUCGAUGCCUGCUUACGCCGAUCAUGGAAUUGAGAUUGAACGCCUAGAGGAUGUUAUCGAGCCGUGGCUGGUCAAUGCUGGAAUGCCUGAAGUUAUUAUAAGAUGCGAGCAGUCGGAUUUCAGUCGCAAUUACAACGACGAUAGUUUGCGUGUCACUCAACGGACGUCCGAUCAGAAUCGCUAUGUGAUUUAUUUGAGUGAUGUGGAUACGUAUGCACAUAAUUCAACAACAGCUGAUGUGAAGCAUUCCUCUGAGAAUCGAAGACAACGCUCAAAACGUUCCCAGCGAACGUCCACAACGAAAAUCUUUCACACUGAUUACUCGAAAACUAUUCGGAGAUUGCGAAAAGAGAACGAGGGUGAAUCGACCCCAUUUGACGAGUCUCUCUUCGAGGGUUUCACGCCGGUAUUUCCAACGCCUCAGGAUGAUUUUGAUCGUGCCCCUUCGAAAUCUGAGGAAAUCCUAAGGAAUAUUCGGAAGAGGAAGGAUCGGAGGCGUAAAGCUAAGCAACGUUCGUCACGUCUCAAGCACGUCCAACUCCCACGUCUUCAAUAUCGUAAACACAACGCAGAAGGUCGAUUUUUGGAUGUAUUCGCCUCGCUGAACCAUCAAAAACUGAGAAAAUAUCGUCGAUCGCAACACGACAAACAAUUGUGGUCAAUACCGUUCAGUUAUCGCUUCGGUGUUGCAUCUGAUAGCGCAGGUGAACUGACGAGGCAAUUUUGGUUGCACAACGAAACGAUGACAUUCGUUGAUAUUGAACUUCAGCCAUCGAUGCCAAUACUGGCCAAUCCAGAUUGGAGAUAUCCGUUCCGGGUGAAUUAUGACAUUAGCAAUUGGCAAAUGCUCGCUCGGAUGUUACAUAAUCACCAUCGUCGGAUACCCACUAAAUCUCGAAUGCAAUUGCUCAUCGAUGCAGAAUUCUAUUUGAAGCAGUCGGGAGUACCAGAAAUUUAUUUGUAUAUAUUGGGUUAUUUAUCAAAAGAGAACGAUAUGGGUGUGUUGAUGAUUGGCUUAGAUGCGUUGUAUCGUUUCAUUGACAUGUUCCGAGGAUCUCGCAUCAAUCCACUCAUCCUCUUAUACUUAAGAGAUGUGAUUGCUCAAAUCGACCUAAUCUUGGAAGAAUCUCGCUCAAAUCCUGAACUGGCUGCGAUCUGGCUGAUCGAUGCAAAUCGCCUAGCACAACUCUAUCAGCUCAGAUGUGUUGCAAAUCUUUCGUCUUGUGAACAAGAUGAAAAAAUUGAGAAGUGGUUAAUGUAUGCGGACUUGACCGAUGAAGAUCAUUACUUCCAAAUGACGGCCAUUUGUCAUUAUUUGUUCACGUCGGCUGGUUCUCGAGAGCUGGAUUUGGUUGCGAACGGUCUGAAGCAUUUCAAUGGCAGGUGGACUAUCGCUGUGCAAUUGGCCACCUGUGUACGCGACGAGGAAAUUCUAAGAAGGGCCAUUAAGCUGAUCAUCAGCACCAAAAAUGCUGCUGUCUACACUGCUCUUCUACAGAAUGAAUACACGUUGCACUACAACGAAAAGUUACGUGAGAUGUUUUGGUUACAAAUACGUGCGAUGUCGUUGGCUGAAAGGAAGUUGUUGUUCUCGAUUGAUUCACAAGAGGCUUCACAAGUGGCACGGAUUCUCGUCCAUUCAGUUCGGUCGAGCACAGAAUUGCAGCAACUUGAGCGUGUUAUGCCGGAUUGGGGAGUGCAUAUGCACCUUCAGAUGGAGUAUUUAAGACGGAAAUAUCACUGGAUGGACGACACUGCUGUGCCACGAAUCGAGAGGUUUCUCCUCAAAGAAAGAGCUUUAUAA